UUUACAAACAUGAACCACAGGCUAAAAAGUUUGCAGCAUCGCAAUCCCCGGUUCAAAUUUGUGUUUCGUGUUAAACUAAUUUACCUAAUCGUGUAGAUUGGGGACCUCACACAGGAUGGAUCAUUCCAGUGCACGAUUGAUCAGUAUCAAAAUAGAACCGAUCGGCAAAGAUUACCAUUUAAAGUACAAUGAGAACAACAUCGAACUACCGGAAGAAGAUAUCUGCUUCGAAGGAACAAUUUCGGAUGAAGAGUUUAAGUAUGAAACUGAUAACGAAUUAGAAAACGUUUCCGAAAGUAAACCGAUCCCAAAUGGCGCUCUGUCGCGCACCACAAUAAAGCGAAGAAAGAAGCGCAAAUUUUGUGCGAUAUGUGGAAAGUAUUUGAACAACAUUGCCGAGCACCGUCGAAUGCAUCUAAAUAUCCGCGUCCAGCAAUGCCCAUACUGCGACAAGACUUUUGUACAUCGUUCGAAUCUGUACGCCCAUCUUAAUAUUCACACGCAGGAGCGUAUCUACAAGUGUGAAUAUUGUGACAGCGAGUUUACCUGCAUACAGGGUCUGAAACAGCAUCGUACGAUUCACUUUGAGGGUCAGUAUGAGUGUACCAUAUGCAACAGGAAGUAUAACCGGAAGUUUUACCUUCGCAUCCACGAACAACGGGUGCACAUGCCAAAGGAGAAGCACAAAUGCCUACAUUGCGACAGAGAGUUCCUCAAUCCAAAACUGAAGGAAGAGCAUAUGAAGAUCCACGAAGACGACACAAUGCAGGAAUGCAACAUAUGCCAUCGAGUUUACAGUGCGAGAAAAAAUCUUUUCCGCCACAUAAGAACUGCCCAUACGGCACAUUUGGACGAAGGAUGAUAUCCGCCCAUAUUAAAAGUCUGUAAAUUGUAAUUAAAAAACCAACACAAAUAA